UUAUCUUUCUGAUUCAAUCGGAAAAAAAAUGUAUGAAACACCCAAAAGAGCUCAUUUAUAUGCAUACAAGCACAAUAAUGAAAGCCCAUUUUCUUAUUCAACUCCAUCGCAAGCAGUUCCAAAUAUUAUAUGGGACAAUCAAUCGCCAUCUCCUUCUCAUAUUAAAAAUUUAUUAGAAAAAAAUAAAGGCAUCUUUAAUGAUGACUUGAAAGAAGUUUCACUGGUCUAUGCAAAGUGCAAUACGCAAAUUGAUGCAAUUAACACAAAUCCCUGUGUGAGGACUUUAUUAGAUGACAUUAAAAUAGAUGAUACUAAAAAAAAUGUGAGAAGAAGAAAGAAUACAGAUAUUAGAAUGAAGAAAACUGCUGAGCUAUUGAAAUUCUUAAAAGAAAACAAAAAUUUAUCAAUAAAUGAAAAAAGCAAAUCUCCAAAAAUAAAAAUUGCCAACAUCAAAGAUCAAGAAUCUCCAUUGACUUGGGAUGAUUCAGGCUUAAAUGAUGAUUUUUUUAAUGACCCAAACUUUAUAGCCUCAUUGACUCAAAUAGAUAAUUUAUAUGAUAACAAUAAAAAGAAAUUUAGAACUCCACCCUCAAAAUUAUUUCAAGAAGUUUCGAAAUAUCAGAUACCAAGCCAUAAUGGCUCUAUCUUUAUUCAUAAAUCCUCUAAACUACAAAAGCCUCAAUUAUCAUUCACUACAAAAUCUUCCUUAGUUAAUAAAAAUCAUACUAUAUCUAAAGAAAAUGAUCGUACACCUUGUUCACUUAUUGAUCGUAAUGUAUGCAAUAAUAAAUCUAUCAAAAUUACUAGAAAUGAUAAUUAUUCAAGUAUAAAUAAUUUAAAAUCACCUAUAUUUGAAGAUAAUGAUGAAGAUUUUUUUAAUGACCCAAAUUUCAUAUCAUCUUUAACACAAAUAACAGACAAUUACCACAAAGCUACUAGUUCUCAAAUUCAUAAGGAUGCUGACCCUAUUGUUAUUCCCAAAUUAUUGCAAUCUAAAAAGCUUCAACUUUCAGACCUUAGAAGAUCUUCCCCAAUUAAUAAAAAUAAUGUAGCUUCAAAAUUUAUCAAAAAAUAUAGUAAAGAUAAUAAAAAUGAUUACUAUUCAUCUACUAUAAGAAAGUCAGCAAAAUGUUUAAAUAAUAUAACAUCACCUAUAUUGGAAGAUAUAAAUAAAAGUAUUAAAUCAGAUAUAUUUAUAGAUAAAACACAUUUACCAUGUAAACAACAAUCAAUAUCAGAUUAUAUUCCUGAAAAUAUAUUACUUGCUUUGACACAAGAUGAUGAUGAUUUUUUAUAAAUUUAAUAUAUGUAUAUAAUUUAUUAUAAACAUAAAUGAAUAUUAUUUAAACAUAAUUCUAUUAUUUUGAUAUUGCUAUUAUUUCUAUUUCAAUUAAAGCUUGUUUUGGUAAAGCUGCCACUUGAAAAGCAGAUCUAGCAGGGUAUGCACCUUUUUGAAAAUCUAGAUUAAAUUAAUUUUUAUAAUACAUGUUUGUGAAAAGCUUACAUGAUUGAUAUAUUUCAUUAACUUUACCCAUAUCAUUUAUAUUUGCAAGCAUAAUAGUUGCUUUAAUUACUGAAUAAAGUUUUAAGGAUUUUAAAUAACUUAAUAAAUACUAUUG